AUGGCGCCGAAGCGAGAAUACCCAGAGGCGGGGGACGCGCGGGGGGAUAAGCGCAGCAGGCCCGAGGGGGGGCGCGACCUGAGCAAGGUCAUUGAAGAGGCCAGGAAGCGGUCACAGGCCGCAUUUGCGCGCUCAGGGCUGCCGAGCGCGCCGCCAAGCGCGAAAAAGGACGAAGCGCCGCCAAGCCGUCCAGACGCGCCGCCGCCAACGCAGGGCGCGCCGAGCGCGCCGGUGCGCACGCCCGGCGGGGAGCGCGAGCCGGUGCCGACCGGUAUCCACCCGCUGCUCCUCGGCGAUGCGGCGCGCAUCCAGGAACGCUUCCGCUCGCUCGCACCGAAAAUCUCGUCCAUCACGGCCAACCAGCGUCCACUGCCAGGCCGCCCGAGCGCGCCGCCGCCCGCGCCCAAGGCCAAGCCGCCGCCGCCGCCGCCCGAGUCGAAUCCGUACCUCGCUGCGGCGCCCGAAGAGCCCACCGGACCCAAACGAAAAAGCAUGCAUCGCUCGCUGCAGUUCCAUCGUCCGGGCCGCUACAUUCUCGAGGCCGAGCAGAUCCGCCGGGAAGAGCAGAUGAAUGCGCUGAAAGAGCGCAUCGAGGAGCGUGCACGCAAGGCGGGGCUCCAGGACGAGCUGCUCGGCGACGAGCGCAUCCUGCGCCGCCCGACGCCGCCCGACGCCGAGUGGUGGGACCUUGGCCUGUUGCCGGGCAAGAGCUACGACGAGGUGCCAUCUGCCCCGGGUACAUCUGCGUCCGGCAGCCUGCCGAACCUCGCGGGCGAAGGCUCGCCAAUUGACCACCUCGUGCAGCAUCCGAUUCCCAUCCCAGCGCCGACAGGUCUGCUGCGUGUGCAGCCCCGUGGCGUGAUGCUCACGAAGCAAGAGAUGAAAAAGAUGCGCAAGCAGCGCCGCGCGGCCGAGCAGCAGGACAAGCGCGACCGCGUCAAGAUGGGCCUCUUGCCCCCGGACCCGCCCAAGGUGAAGCUCUCGAAUUUGAUGCGCGUCCUCUCGUCCGAGGCGGUGGCCGACCCCACCAAGGUCGAGGCGCGCGUGCGCCGCGAAGUCACAGCGCGCCGCGAGCAGCACGAGCAGACGAAUCUCGAGCGGAUGCUCACCGACGACGAGCGGCAGCAGCGGCGCAUGUACAAGACCAAGGUCGAGGAAGAAAAGGGCAUCUGGUGCCAUGUAUACCGUAUCCGCUACCUGGUCAGCCCGUCGCACAAGUUCAAGGUGCGCAAGAAUGCGCAGCAGCACCAUCUCGGCGGCGUCGUCAUUACCCACCCGGACCUCGCGCUGGUGGUCGUUGAGGGCUCGGCCAAGGCGCUCAAGGCGUACAAGCGCCUGAUGACGGUCCGCAUCGACUGGACCGACCCCGGGCGGCCCCGCGAAGGGACGCCGGAGCAUGACGAGGAGCAGGCGUCGGUCGACUAUGCAAACAACUCGUGCGAGCUCGUCUUUGAGGGGCCGGUCCGCGACCGCACCUUUUCCGCGGGCAUUGUCCGGACCGAGGCAUGCCCGACCGACUUCAAGGUGAAGGAAGUCCUCGGAAGCAACCUCGCAGGGUACUGGGAGGUGGCGAAACGCUCGCUGACCGCGGCACAUGGCGAUUAG